ACAGAGGGACCUGUUAAACCGCGUAAUUGGAGACACAGCUGAAAGCUCUUCCUCCUUCCUUCUCUAACAACUUGGACUUUCACCAUGUGACUUAUGUCAUCUCAUCUCUUUGCCAUUAAAGUCUUCCUUACUUCACUCUCUCUUCUCACUUAGCUAUGCCCUAUAUAUAACUCCCAAGCUUGCUUUCCCUUCUGCUCUCUCUCUCCCUCACUCACUUUCUCUGUCUCUUUGUUUGUAUAUAUAAUCCUAAUCCUGGAUCCAAAUCCAACCCAAGAUCUCUGAAUCCCUCCAGAGACCUUGGUUUCAGCAAAGAAAUGGCUCCACUCAUGUACUUCGACUCAAGAAAGGUACUUUUGCUAGCUUCUCUUGUUGUGUUCCUGUUUUCUUCUACUCUGCUCCUUUGUGCCGCAGAAGAAGAUGAAAAACUGCCUCGGAUUCAGAGCUCAUCACUGUUUUUGGGUUCAAGGAAAAUGUUGGAAUUAGAUGAAGAAGAUGAAGAUGUUCAGCCUAAGAAGAUCAAACCCAAGACCACCACUUCCACAACCCAAUCCUCCAAAAACCAGACCAAGCUCAUCAAACCCACUUCUUCAUCAUCCUCCAAAAACCAAACUAGGCUCAUCAAACCCAACCUUUCAUCCAAGAACCAAACCAAGCUCAUCAAAUCAAGCACCAACUCAACCAAGUCAUCAUCAUCUUCAUCACCCACAAUCAAGAUUAGCCUCAAGAAGCUGAAUUCCACUUCCAAACCCUCAAACUCCACCAAACUCUCUUCACUCUCCUCCAAAACAUCAGAUCUAGCCAAACUAACCUCCCCCAAAAACAAAACAACCAAACUCACCACCACAAAACAACCUCAAACCCCAAAACCAAUCCCAAAAACAGAGACGAAAAAACCCACCAAGAAACCAAUCCAACCAAGCUGGAUCGAACAAGAUGACGACAUCGACUUCGUCUCCGACUUCACAGACUUACCCGGCCAGUUCCAACAAACCCUCCUCCCAGACCUCGAGAAAAUCUCCACCACAUCAAAACUCUACCUCACCAAAGCCAACAAGCAAAUGACCACCAGGUUCAAACCCCUCGUCGGAAACAAAUACGCCCCCACCAUAGCUUCCAUAGUCUCCUUUGCAUUCCUAAUAAUCCCACUACUCCUAGUCUCUCUCCUCUUCAACAGAAUCAAAGCCUACUUUUCCCUCCAAAAGCUCCUCAUCUUCAUCCAAGUCUACCUCUCCAUCUACUUCUCCAUUCUCUGCCUCUCUUCCUUAGUCACCGGCCUCGAGCCCCUCAAGUUCUUCUACGCUACUUCGCAGUCCACCUACAUCUGCCUUCAAGUUUUUCAGACUCUCGGCUACGUUCUCUAUCUCCUUCUUCUUCUCAUGUACUUGAUCCUGGUCUUCUCCACAGACUCCGGGCUGGGCUCGAAGGUUUUGGGCCUGGCCCAGUGCUUCGUCGGGUUCGCGGUUGGUCUACAUUACUAUAUGUCGGUGUUUCACCGGGCGGUGCUCCACCAGCCGCCGAAGACUAAUUGGAAGGUGCAUGGGAUAUACGCCACGUGUUACCUUGUGAUUUGUCUGUUUGCGACGGCGGAGAGGAGGAAGAAGGCUUACUUGGAAGAAGGUGGUGAGGAGGGCAAGAAGAACUAAAUUUUUUUUUGUUGGUUCCAAAAAUCCAAGUAGUACCAUUUUAGAGUCCCCCUUUUGGUCUAGAAAACCAAUCAAAAUUCUUGAUAUACAAAAGCAACAAAUAAUAAUUGUCUUUUUUUCUUGUAAUUUUAGCACUGCUUUUUUGGGUUAAAGUAGGAGGAAUUUAUUCUAAAUGGGCAUGUAUAAUACUACCAUUUGGGCAAGCAAGUGCAACCACAUGGUGUUAUGAUAUAGAAUAUAUGCAAGUGGAAUUCAUGUCUACCAUCUUGUCAAUAAGGUUCUUGCUUCGUU